AGCGACCGCACGCUUGGUACCAUGGCUUCCUCUGGGGUGGCGGGUGGGAGACAGGCCGAAGAUACCUUGCAGCCACCUCCCGAGCUGCUACCGGAGUCCAAGCCGCCGCCGCCGCCUCAGCCUCUACCGGUCGCCGCGCUCCCGCCACCGCCGGCUCCGCAGUCUCAAUCCCCCGCAGGCGUGAAGGAGGAGAAUUACUCCUUUUUACCGUUGGUUCACAAUGUCAUCAAAUGCAUGGACAAGGACAGCCCAGAUCUCCACCAGGACCUGAAUGCGCUCAAAACAAAGUUCCAGGAGAUGCGGAAGCUCAUAGGCACCAUGCCCGGCAUCCACAUGAGCCCUGAGCAGCAACAGCAACAGCUACACAGCCUCCGGGAGCAAGUCAGGACGAAGAAUGAGCUUCUGCAGAAAUAUAAGAGCCUCUGCAUGUUUGAGAUCCCCAAGGAGUAGGGCCAGCUCCCAGGACAGCUGCCAAGGGAUUGAAAACCUCACACCUGUGGUGUCCAGCUCCUUGGGAGCCUAACUCUAAACUAUGAGGCCACAUGUGCCUGGUGUAGGGCCUCAUUGGCUGUACUCAGCUUUGACUAGCUACGCCUGGGCCUCAUCAGCAGAUCUAGAGGGCACAGGAGAGGAAGUAGCUGUUCCCUUCUUUCCCUCAGGUCCUCCCACUCCCGAUACCAUCAGCGUAUAUCAGGUACAUACUGUUCCCAUUAACAGCAGUUUCAUGAAGCAUUUACAUAGAAUUCGUGGGGUAAAUUAGGCCUACACUGAGAUGGCAUGGAUUUAAUAUAAUUAAAGAAGGCUGGGAGCGUGCGAACAUUGUUAUGAAAGGCCAGAGGGUGGGUGGCUUCUCCCCCAAAACUGUUUGAGCUACUGAAUGAAACUAUCUCUGGGGCGUUAGCCCAGCGCUUUGCCUGCCAGCCACCGGCUGGCAACUCCAGUUUCCAGCCUCCUGCAUCCAGCCUCAUAGGCUCUUGCUCCCUUUAUCUCCAUCACUCCAGGCAGUGCUCAGAAUAGCCAAAGCACCGCUUGCCUGGGGCCCUUUGUUCUUCCCACGCUGGCUCUGCCCUGAUUCAUCAGCCCCUGCUUACCACGUCAUCUCCCCUCCAGCCAAGGAGUCAGCCUCAUUUGCUCCUCUGCACAUGGUCCCUGCACACUUCUGAUGUGGAGCGGAGUGGCUGGAAGGGUAAUGGGGCAGUUCCUCAGCCAGGGGUGUGUGUGGUCUGAGUCCUGUCCAAAGGGCAAGGAGAGCUAAGCCUGGCUCCAUACCUGUGCUCUAGUUGUAGAGUGCCCAGCUAGUCCCAGAGAGACACUGUGUUUUCUUCCUCCCAGGGGCUGUCACACUAAGGGAGGGUGGCCCUUUCUCAGGAGUAAGGUGAGAAGUACAGAGUAUUGUUUGGAUCUUGAAAUGGGCACAGCCUGGGCUGACCACUUUAGGACUUAGCAGGUGCCUGCCAGCUGGCCUUGUUGGCAGGAGUGCUGGCUGGGGAUGGUUUCAGUAGGGGUUCUUGUGGUACUGCCUAUCUGAAAUGUCUCACAGUUGGGACUUGGGAUGUGUGAAAGAGGGUGUUGAGUUGCAGUGGUUUGGGCAGAAAAGUGGGCUCUGAGGUGGAGAGGAGAGCCAAUUAAGCCAUGACUACCUGGGAACUGUUACUUAACUGAAUCAGUUAUUUUCCGAUUUUCUGGAAAUUUGAGCAGUGGGUGAGCCAGUUUUAAGGCUCUGCCCCACUUCUGUGAAACACAGAACACACGACACGCAGGAGCUUCAGACCCUCCUGCUAAGCAGAGAGAAAGGCUCCUCGGAGGGCUGGAGGAGGUGGAGACUCAUCUGCAGACUUGGGAAUAAAGUAUG